AUGAGGGUUCCAAGAGAAAAUAUCACAGCCUGUGACGGCAAUCCCCAGCUGUUACUUCUCUUUCUGCUGAUACUGGCACUCACUAUCCCAAGCAAUCUGGCACACUCAGACCUGGGCGUUACGUUUACGUUAGGGGAUGAAACCCCAGCGAGCUUUUUUCUCGGAAACAUCCCAAAAGAAACCACCGGUUUUGAAUCGAGGACUUCAAACCACAAAAUGCGGGCUACACUUUUGGACACGACACGAGGUCUCGCCUCUCGUGUGCUUCAUCUCAAUGAUAUGGGUGACUUACACACAAUAAAUUUCAUCGAUAGAGACGAUGCUGCUGGAAUUUGUGGUCCAUUGGAGUGCUGUUCACAACCUCUAUGUGACCUAACGUUCACUGCUGUGUUUGUCUACACAGAUAGACCCGAUGAACCCAUAAAAGUGGCUGUCAACGUGCAGCUGAUUGAUGUCAAUGAUAAUCCCCCAACAUUUCAAGACCACCAAUUUUCUAUUACGAUUCCAGAAACCACUUCCCUAGAUGUAGCUCAAGGCCAAACUGCAAGCCGACAGUACAGCCUUCCGCGUGCAAUGGACAAGGACUCAGCAGCAAAUGGAGUUGUGAAAUAUCAACUCGAAGGACAUUCUGACUACUUUUCGCUCACCUCACCGGAAUCCGAGUGUUAUCCCUGUUUAAGAGUGAGCAGCGUUGUCCCCCUUGAUUACGAGAAUCCCCGCCACGGUAAAUUCAGUUUAAAACUAAUAGCCAUUGAUGGAGGCGAAAUUCCCAAGUCAGGGUCAAUCACACUGAACCUUUACCUGACGGAUCUCAACGACAACGCCCCGAUUUUUUCAAAAUCUAGUGACACAAUCCAAGUGGUAGAAAAUCAAACCUACAAUCAACCGAUCUACAUUGCUAAAGCAACUGAUUCGGACUCAGGUUCAAACUCUCGAGUUCAUUAUCUUAUUAAUACCCAACAUUCCAUGAUAAAGGAGAAAUUUGUCCUCAACUCAGAAACCGGGGAACUUUUUAUUCAGUCCAGACUGGAUUAUGAGAAGUUCUCGGAACGCAAAAUUGUCCUAGACAUCCUUGCAUAUGACGACGGACGGCCAGCUUUGUCAGCUACGUUUUCGCUGACCAUAGCUGUCAUUGACACGAAUGAUAAUCCACCAGAAAUUUCGGUUCAAAAAAAUAACACAAUUAUGGAGAAUAGUAAAGCAAAUGCACCAGCAAUCCAACUACUCGUUACUGAUGCUGACGAAGUUAGUCAAGGCAAGAUCAAGUGCCACCUAGAGAAUCAGGAUAAUCUUCCACUACGUCUAGAAGGCCAGACUUUUCUCUCCGUGUGGACAACAGAGCCGCUAGAUUAUGAAAAAACACCUUCAAUCACUUUUAACCUAAUUUGUUUUGACAGCGCUGAUCCUCCGAAGAACACCACUCUACCGCUGACUGUGAAAGUUGGCAAUCAAAACGAUAAUCCCCCAGUGUUUUUCUCAUCCCUGAAGAUUCCAACAAGCGUGUACGAAUUCCAAAUAAAUGAGGACGAGAAGAUUCUAAGGCCCGUUUACCUGCCAGUGGCAAUCGACAUGGAUGGUGACUCCAUAAUGUUUAGUAUGAAGUCCAAAGAAACGAAGUGUCCCUUUACAGUAAAAGCCGAUACUGGUGCAGUAUACCUUAAAUACCCGCUUGAUUACGAAAAGUCAAAACAGCAUGAAUUUUACAUUUAUGCGGAGGACCUUCCUGAAGCGGGAUCAAAAGAGCCAGUGCUGACAUCGUCUGUAAAGGUUAAAGUGAAAGUUCGGGAUAUCAACGAUAAUGCGCCCGAGUUAACAAGUCCCUCACUAAUCGCAGUCAAGCCCGAUACACCGGUUGGUUGCUUGGUGUCGCAGAUAGUAUUCAAAGACGCAGACAUGGAUGGACAGCAGGAGGUCUCUACUAAACUAGUGGCUCAGGAGGUAUUUCCAAUGGGCACAAGGAAAAAAUACUUUGCUAUGAAGGAGAAUGGCGCUCUAAUCACUCUUGCUCCGCUCGACAAAGAGGAUAAUUCCGUGGUUGCACUCACGGUUGUAGCCACCGACAUUGAUGCUAGCAACCAACUUUCUACAACAGUGACUCUGGCAGUGGUUAUUGAAAAUCCUGGUGGUGUGGACACAUUAAGAGUUGCAAGGCCUUUUCCGGGUUCAACGGUGGUUCUUUCAGUUAAAAAGAUCCCUAGUAGAUCUCUCAAAACUGAGAACUUACGCAGUGUCCACAUUCCCUUUGACGUUUAUGACAGCAGUAAGAGUAGCUACCUGGUUUUCGACCUAGAUGGACGAUGUAAUGGGUCGAGCUUGUUUAGGAUUGAACAAAAUACCUCUCAAAUCAAGCCAAUUCUUACCGACAAUACUGUCAGUAAACUCAGUAAUUUACCCACAGGGAAAAGGUUAGAGGUUUGCAUCAGAGUUGGUGACUCAAUGAAGCCAACAAGAAAUGCCGCAUCAAAUUUUUUUGUUGAAUUCGAUUGGGCUCUACGAAUAUCAGGGCAGGCCCUCUGGCCAGCUGAUUCGGCUGACGUAGAAUUUGAUGGCCUGAAAAACAGCCACGACGACGAAAACUGGUUGACUUCCACAGAUACAGUGUCCUCAGGGAAACAGGGAUCAGGAAGACCCUUCAAAUUAAGUCUUGGAAAUAUCAUAAUGUUUCUUCUCAUACUGGUGUUUAGUUUAGCAGUUGGAUUUGCGCUGUUUGCAGCAAUUCUUUGGGCUAAAGCAAAGCGGGCAGCUUCUUCGACAAUUCCUGUAGCUCGCCGAAACCCGUCUCCAGUUCAAUCAGUCGUUGUAGCCCCCGAUGAUGCGGAUAAGACUAGGCGUCAGUCUUCGAAGGAAAGUGUUAUUUGGCAACCGGGCAAUCAAAAGGCAUCAUUGAGAGUCAAUGAGCAGAUUCAGUUGGCUUCUACGCGUCCUGAGCAGCCAUCUGAAGUACACUUUGCCAUCCUGACGUCCAAUGGAAACACAGUUCUCAGAGACUUCGACAAGCCAUCAGAUAGUUCCGAGAAUUCUGGAGGCCCCGUGGUGGCAUACUUUAACCUAAUCGUCCCACCAGAUGUCGAAACCCAGGCCCCUGCACAACAGGUCUUUCCAGACCUCACCACUGGAAUUAGUGUGAAUUUAGCAGGUGACAACAAGCCACCAUCUCCCUCUCCUGCUGUUAGUUGCUACUUGGUUAUGUAA